GCCCGCUUCCCCGCCUUCGCUCCGCGCCGCUUGACUUGACCCGCGCUCCUCCUCCUCCUCCUCCUCGUCGUCGGGGCUCGCGUCGCGUCGCCGGAGGGAGGCCGCCGCCCACCGCCGUUUCCUCCGCUUCCACGUUGUAGCCGCGCUCCUGCUCCUCCUCCUCCCGCCGCGUCGCGCAUUGGGGAUCUCGCGGCACGUUCCCCGGCCCGCACGCCCGCGUCGGCGCACAAACCCUAGCAUCCGCUGCCGAGAGCUGGGGCUGGGGACGGCGAGGACCUGAAGAGGGAUGACGUUUUGCUGACCAGAAGUACUUCAUCAGUUUACUUUGACCCAGUAAUAAAGAGGGCAAUCAUUUGACGACCAGUGAAGUGGGUUUGGGAGUUCUUACUUGGAAGAAAAUUACUCAUGCUAGUCAUUAAAGGGAAACGAAGAUCUUGCUUGCUUUACUAAAGUGAAGACAUGCCCAAAACAACCCCUGUUAAAGCAAGCAAGAACAUUGAAUUGCAGAAACAAUCUGCACCCAACAUACCAAUAACGAAUGGACACACUUAUAUGAAAGAAGUGAUUGAUGGCGACCAUCCUAUCAAUAAUGUGAAAUGCAUUAGCACUUGGGUCUGCAAAAAUUUGGCCUGUAAAGCUGUGAUACCAUCACAAGAUUCCUUCUGCAAGAGGUGCUCAUGUUUUAUUUGCCAUGAGUUUGAUGACAAUAAGGAUCCUAGUCUAUGGUUGGUUUGUGCAUCUGAAAAUGAUAGUAAGAAUUGUUGUGGCUCUUCUUGCCAUAUCGAGUGUGCUCUCCAACACAAGAGGGUAGGAUGCUUUGAUCUGGAGCAAAUUAUACAUCUUGAUGGGAGUUAUUCUUGUGCUUCAUGUGGAAAGGUUUCUGGAAUACUAGGCAGUUAUUGGAAAAAGCAAUUGGUGAUUGGAAAAGAUGCUCGCCGAGUAGAUAUUCUCUGCCGCCGCAUUUAUUUGAGCUAUAGGCUAUUUGAGGGAACUAGCCGUUUUAAGGAAUUAUACGAGAUUAUUGAAGAUGCAAAAUCAAAAUUGGAAAGCGAGGUUGGCCCACUUGAUGGAAUGUCAGCAAAGACAGCACGUGGUAUUGUAAGCAGGUUGUCUGCUGGUAUUGAUGUGCAGAAACUAUGUUCUAAAGCAAUUCAAAGAGCUGAUGAGUGGUUGAGUUCUCCUGGCCUGCAUCUUCAAGAUUCAUUACCUGCUGCCUGUAGAUUUAAAUUUAUAGACAUAACAUCUUAUUCUCUUGUUAUCAUUUUAAAAGAAACCUCAUCAUCUGACACUAUCGAAGGUUAUAAGCUAUGGUAUUGGAAGAGCAGAGAGCAACCAAGCAUGGAAGAGCCUGUAAUUGUGCCCAAAGAUGAAAGAAAAAUACUAGUUUUUAACCUUUCCCCGUGCACAGAAUAUUCUUUCAGAGUUAUAUCAUUCACAGAUGAUGGGAUCCUUGGCCAUUCUGAAUCUAGAUGUUGUACUGGGAGCAAGGAGGUAUUUGUCAGGCGUGCCACACAGAAUGCAGUGGGAGAAGGCACACAUUCACAAAUAAUAGCUAGGAGCCAGUCUUUCAAGUCAAAUGAAUUCAAAAUCCGAAAUAUUUGGAAGAAUUUUCAGGAAGCUUGGACUGAAGAUGGCUGUUUUGAAGGGUUUUGUGAAGAUAUACAUGAAGGUUCAUGUAGCAGGAGUGCCACAGACACAGAGCAGCGAGAGAAAAGUGAACAAGGACAGCUAUCAGGUGCUUGUCGCAAACUUCAUUUCAACACAUCUUCUGUUCCUGACCUAAACGUUGAGGCACCCAUGACCAUGGACUUCACCACUGAGAAGCAUUAUUAUUCAAAGAAGGGACUUGUAAGAUCAAAUGACAGUGGUGGAUCUGAGACUUGCGCCGUUGGUCGGAGUGCAGAACCACCUGCUGUUGAAUCUCGGCCAGUGGGCAAGGUAAAUAGCACGCACGUUGAUAGAUGUGAGCAGAAUGGUGCUUCUGGUAUUUGCUGUGUAAAACAGCUUCCCAGAACGACAAGGCAGUUGGAUGAGGAUUAUGAGCAUUGUGUAAAGGUAAUAAGGCAGUUGGAGUGCAAUGGGCACAUUGAGAACGAGUUCAGGAUGAAGUUCUUGACUUGGUAUAGUCUAAGGUCAACAGACCAGGAGCGCAGGGCUGUGACCUCAUUCAUCAAAACACUAAUCGAAGAACCAAGCUGCCUGGCUGAGCAGCUUGUUGAUUCUUUCGGAGAAAUCAUAAACUGCAAGAAGCCGAGAACUGGUUUCUGCAAUAAGCUGUGGCAUUAGGACAAAGGAUGAGAGUUCAAAGAUAUCGCUAACUCACUGAUUAUCUGUAUUUUUUUCAGAUCAGUGCAGUAAAAUCUAGUUUAUUCGUCCAAUUUGACAGCAACGAAGAGGGGCGUUGGUGAAAAUAGAAAAUUAUUUUAGGCAGCAAAUAGCUUGCACUGGAAUAAUUCUUAUUCCACCAGGAAGUAGUGGAAGCUUAAUUUUCUCAUUGUCAUAGUAACUGUCGAGUCCUGGAAUGAUAGUAGAAUGUCAACUUCUGCUUCUGUUGUAGUUCCAUGGAUAACUUUUUGGCGAUUGUUCAUUGGCCAGUCCGGCAUAUAUUCGUGUAAAUGGUAUUUUAUUAAUCUUUAAUUUACUUGCGCUUU